AUGAGCAGUGAGUGUUUGCUACCUUAUUACACGGCCCGCAGCUACCGUUCCAUGGGUGUGUUUGAUACCUCUAUGGGGGACCUGCAACGACAACUGUACAAGGGAGGAGAGUAUGAUAUUUUCAAGUAUGCACCAAUGUUUGAGAGUGACUUUAUCCAGAUUAGCAAGAAAGGAGAGAUGAUUGAUGUGCACAACCGUGUCCGCAUGGUGACAGUGGGCAUCGCAUCCACCAGCCCCAUCCUCCCACUACCUGACGUCAUGCUCCUGGCUCGACCAACUAAAAUCUGUGACGAGCAUGCCAAACACGCCCGGCCCACCAAGGGGAGAGGUCGCAAGCCCACGAAGACCCUGGAGCUCACCAGGCUGCUGCCCUUGAAGUUCGUCAAGAUCUCCAUCCACAACCGUGAGAAACAGCAGCUGCGCCUGAAGCUGGCUACUGGCCGUACUUUUUAUCUGCAGCUGUGUCCCUCUCCAGAUGCACGAGAAGACCUAUUUUGCUAUUGGGAAAAACUUGUCUAUCUCCUGAGGCCACCAGUGGAGAGUUGCAGCAGUACCCCAACACAACAAACUGGGGACACGGCGACCAUAGAGGAUGACAAAAGCCUGGUGAUCUCAGAACUCCAUGGAGAAGGGGAUCGGGAUAGCGUGAGGCUUCACAAGCUUUGUGAUGUGUCCAGAGCCACUUCUUCUGGUUAUGCUGGGGGAGAGAGAAUGCCCGGUUCACCUUCCACCAGCAAAACUCCAGGUACUGCCGAAGGAGCAGCAAGGCGGGCAGCCACAGGCGUGGCAGUAGCAGGAAGAGCUACAAGCCCUACAGCAAACGUGGCAGUAGCGGGAGCGGGAACAAGCCCUACAGCAACAGGUGCUUUGAGCAUAGCAGCAACCAAAAAUGUGGGCACAGGCCAGGGAGGCUCAGCCCUGGUUGGAGCCACCGCCAAGGGCCCAGGAGAAAGUGGAUUCAGCAAGGCCGUGGCAGGUGCUGCCAACAUAUCCUCAGAGGGUACGAAUUUGGUGUUGGUGGGUGCUUCCAGCUCAUCCUCCUUAGGUACUUCCAUCGCGACCACGGGGGCUGCCAGUGCCUCCACGGCGAGCAACCUGGCGUUUGCAGGCCCAGUGACAACCAAAAAUCCUGCCACAAAAAGAGCUAAAGGUUCAGUGACUGGGCCCCUUGUCUCAACCCUGAAGAGUGAAGGCUACAUGAGUGAACGGGAUGGAAGCCAGAAGGUCUCCCAGCCUGGAGCUGAGGCUCAGAAGGAAAAAAAAGAAAAGAGAGAAAAGAAGGACAGAAGUUCCACGAGGAAAAGUUCCCACCACCACAGGCCAAGAGGGAGCAAGUCGGCCCGGAAAUCAUCCUCCCAACAGUCAUCGUCUGGCCAUAAAAGCACAAGAGGUGACAAAAAAGAAAAAGGGCAGAGCAGCGUCAAGGGCAGAGGACACAGCUUUCACAAGAGCACCAGCCACAGUGCCACCACAAAGGAGUCGAGGACAGCCCACAAACUAGGGAAGAGCAGAUCUAGCAGUUCAGGUCAUUUAAGUAAGAAAUCCAGUAAGAUUGGCUCUUUCUUCAGAAGUUUCAGAGUCACUCGUGGUUCGAAAACUGAGGUCUCAUCACAUGACACAGAGAUGGAUUUCAUGGCUAAGAAGGUAGGGAAGCGCAACAUAGAGGCCAAAGUAGAGAAACGCCCAGGUGGCCAGGAUCUGGAGAUCUGUGGUACCAUGACAUCGGAGACGAUGGAGACGAUCUUCAUAGAAACCAAACCCAUUUAA